ACAAUCAAACGAAAUCACAGAUUUUACUAUAAAAGUCAGAAGCUCUAGAAGCUCAUCACUUCGGCUGAGCGACAUGUUCGGUUUACUAGUUUCUUGUAUUUUGGCUUUUACAGUUCCUGAGUCUGCAUUUGCUGAUAUCUCAGGAGAUCUUAAUUGCACUCAAUACAAUGGAACAUUUUUCGUCUGGACUCCAGCCGCAGUCGCAUGUUCUAAUGCUGUUUCCGAUGCCUCGUGUACUGCGCUUUAUCCAACAGAAGACGAACAAGGGUAUCCAGCUGCUGGAAACAAUGCUGGAAGACCACUUGCAUGCUUCACCACCGCAGCUGAAACUCCAGCUCCAGUUGAUGGCGAUAUGAAGAAGGCUGCACUGACUAAUUGUGCAAAGACUUGUGGAUUCUGCUGUAAUACAGAUGACUACAGUUGUCCAAAUGCUCAAUUCCCACGUCUCAACUGCGACACAAUCACCAACAAUCAAUGUAAGGAUCCAAACUGGAGAACAAUCAUUGCCACGGAUUGCCCAUCAGCGUGUGGAUUCUGUAACCAAGGAGGAUGUGUUGAUGCAGUUGUUGAUUGUGCUAAUGAUCGUUCAAUCUGUCAAAGCGUCGGAAUGCAGGAGUUUGUGAAUCAGAACUGUCAAAGAACCUGUGGAAGAUGUGGAUCAUCAACUGGAAAUCCAUCUGUUCCAGGAGGAGGGUCGUGCACAAAUUAUCAAGCUGAUUCUAGCACCGCCUGUGCAGCUUGGGCCGGAAAUGGGUUCUGCACCAAUACCUUCUACACUGAAGCACAGAGAAAAGCUUCAUGUGCGACGACUUGCAGACUCUGUUAGACAACCAAUGAUUAAGACAUGACACACUACGGGUGACGACAACGAUGACGACCCUAUUUUUGUAACUGUGUUUAAUUUUUCUGUUGUUUUUUGUUCCUUGUCUGACCAACUUAGAAUAAAAGCAAAUUCAGAAAGUUCAUGCAUGAAUUACCAUUUCAGUGCAUUAAUAAAAU